AUGUUUUUUGUUUCCUUUUUCAGUCCUUCUGGAAAACUUGUUCAGAUUGAAUACGCCUUGGCUGCGGUUGCUGCAGGAGCUCCAUCAGUUGGAAUUAAAGCUGCAAAUGGAGUGGUGUUGGCAACUGAGAAGAAGCAGAAAUCCAUCCUUUACGAUGAAAGGAGUGUCCACAAAGUAGAACCAAUUACCAAACAUAUAGGUUUAGUGUAUAGUGGUAUGGGUCCAGAUUACAGGGUACUUGUGCACAGAGCUCGGAAGCUGGCCCAGCAAUAUUACCUGGUUUAUCACGAGCCCAUUCCAACAGCGCAGCUAGUACAGAGAAUUGCUUCUGUGAUGCAGGAAUACACACAAUCCGGGGGUGUUCGACCAUUCGGGGUGUCGCUGCUAAUAUGCGGUUGGAAUGAAGGGCGGCCCUAUUUAUUUCAGUCAGAUCCAUCUGGAGCUUACUUUGCAUGGAAAGCAACAGCAAUGGGAAAAAAUUACGUCAAUGGAAAGACAUUCCUUGAAAAAAGAUACAAUGAAGAUUUGGAACUUGAAGAUGCCAUUCACACAGCUAUUUUAACACUAAAGGAAAGCUUUGAAGGGCAAAUGACAGAAGACAACAUUGAAGUUGGCAUCUGUAACGAAGCUGGUUUUAGAAGGCUCACUCCAACUGAGGUUAAGGACUACUUGGCUGCAAUAGCCUAGUAAAAUCAAGCAAAACUGUUAUGAAUUUACAGAGAUAUUUUUAAUUUUGGCCACUGAAAUGUUUUGGUUUGCAGUUUUGCAUACUUAUUUCUACUUGGUUUGUCUGACAGAUUUUUUUAAAUAUCAUGGGUGCAAACAGAAAAGUCCUAAUAUUGUAAUACAUUGAAUCUUACUACAUGUAAUUCUUUCCCUUGAUACAUGGAGUCUUUGUACACAAAAUACUGUACAAAAUGUAAAGUUAUAAUGAAAGCUUAUAAAGGCUAAAGAAUAAAAUUUGAAGGACACUGUUUCAGGGGAA